UGGCAGUGAAGGACAUCAACAGAAUUUUAAAUUGGUUUUAACAUUUUCUAAUACCGCAAUCAAGUUUACAUUUUAUUAAAAUAAGCAAAGAGCGAAAAGUUUCGUGAUAUUAGGAAAAGUAUUGACAGUUGUUUCGGAAAUACAACUGCAAGUGACUACUUCGGAUUAUAUACAAGUCAAAUCUGUCUCAAAACAUACAAAAAUAUACAUACAUAUUAAAGUAUUAAAAGCAGAAAAUUGCGGUUGUACAUAUGUGCAAUUGGAGCGGUUUUUAGUUUUUUAUACAAAACAAACAAUAAAAAGACGGGUCUCCAAAUUGACUCUAUAUAUGCAGUAAUAAUGUCGAGAAAUGUGUUGGAUAGCGGUGGUUGUGGAGAUGGAAGUGAAGGAGGACGCGGAGACUAUAAGGACAUUUACGAAUUAUUGGCAGAAUUAUGCAAAAAUUUGGCUGGUCCAUCUGAAAAUCAUAGAGAAAUUCUACGUCACGUAACACAGUACAUAUCCAAUUGUCCGACUGCUUUGGGCUCAACAUUGCCGUUCGACGAAACCUCAAUUUUAACAAAAAUCACAAAUCAUCUUGACUCCUCUGCGGCGAAAAGUGUUACAUCCAAUUUAUGUCCCACUGGAUCACAAUUUGGUACAACAGGAAGUGAUAGUACAAGCUCUGCCGGGGAAACAAGUGGUGUUAUAAACAAUAGUGCGUUAUUUUUAAAAUUUCAUGAGCAACUCAAAGCAGCACUUCCCGAUGAACAUCAACGUACAGCGUUGCUGACUUUUCUAUAUUUUAUGUCUGACUCCAAGUAUUCAACUGAUAAUGGGCACAAUGUUGGAAAUGUUAACAGCCACCGUAGUCAUUUAAUGACUUCGACUAAUUCAACGUUCCAAUCAAUUCGUUCACAUUUGUUGCACAAAACUUCCACUCAACAGCAUUCGCAGCAUUCCAUACUUUCUGUUAACAAUAGAGGAAGGAAUGAAGAUAGCGUUAAACCAAUGGUAUCUGGUCGUUGUGCCUUUAGUCGUAUGACACCUGAGAAUGAUCCAACGAGUGGAAGUUAUGGUGUCAUUCAAGGAGUAAAUUUUCCAUCUCUUCGUGGUGAUGGUAGUAAAUCGCUCGAACUCCAAAAUAGUGUAAACGACGAUAUAGUACAAAAUAUUAUAUACGUAUUUACGGGUAUUCAAGGAAAAUACCUAAAAAAGGACAUAAUAUCAGGUCGUUUUAAAUUGGAUUCAAAAGUGAAAUCUUUAAAUGUAGUUCAGGCGGGUAUGAUUCUGAGACUUUCUGAGUUGGGAUAUUACCAUGACUUGGUGCAAUCAUACACAGAGAGCAAAAACGGCUUAUGUCCAUUGGGCCUUAUGGGACAGGGGUUUGUUUCGGCUUUAAAAAACGAACUUACUAGAUAUUAUGGUAUGGUUGCAACUCUUCAAGAACAGCUAAACAGGCAAAGAGACCAUGAACAUAAUACCAUUUUAAAAGGGAAUAGCAUUAUUCCAAUGCGCCAUGAACGAUUAACUCUAAUGAAAAUUCUAGUAUGGUCAGUUGAUGCGCUUAAGAGAUUGAAAUGGUUAGCCACCAUAGCCGAGGCAUGCCAGGAGAAAAAAGGUGGCGCUCUCGCUUCAACGGUGCAUAGUUUUUUGAAUAAUGGAAAUCCCACCGUAAAGUCUAUAGUUCGUGAACUUUUGCUUGCUAUUUGUGGCCCUCUUUAUCAAAUGAUAUCGCAUUGGCUAUUGGAAGGAGAAAUCUGUGACCCUCAUGGCGAGUUCUUCAUUGAAUGCUUGGCAGAGGUUGGGCCCGAUCGCUUAUGGCAUGAUAAAUAUAGAGUACGCACAGCUAUGCUGCCAAAUUUUAUGUCAACUGAAAUGGCACACAAAAUUUUGGUGACAGGAAAGAGCAUAAAUUUCCUGUGUGAAAUAUGUGAAGACAAGAGACCAGUUAAAGGACGCGAUGAAUUACGCCAAUGUAUUGAAGAGAAUGCGGAUCACAUAUUUUCACGAGUAGCCGAUACAAAAUUACAUUCAACUAUCGAUGCUAUCUAUUUGAAUACUUCGAAGCGAGUUCUAGAUAUUGUUAUGGGACCACAUAAACUUCUGGAGCAUCUUCAAGCAAUGCGUCGUUAUCUUUUACUGGGUCAAGGUGACUUUAUUGGAAUUCUUAUGGAGAAUUUGAAAUGCGAGCUAGAUAAACCAGCAAAGGAACUUUACUCUUACGAUCUUUCAUCGAUAAUGGAUGCCGCUAUACGAUCAACAAAUGCACAAUAUGACGAUCCCGAAAUCCUCAAUUAUUUGGAUGUACGAUUGCUGACUCCCUUUGACGGCGAUAUUGGUUGGGAUAUACUAUCGUUACAAUAUACCGUACGCGGUCCUUUAGCUACUAUGCUCGAACCAUGUAUGGGUAUUUAUCAAAUUCUUUUCAAACCAUUGUGGCGUAUGAAACACAUGGAAUUCGUACUAUCCUCUAAAAUUUGGAAGGAUCAAAAGUGCAAUGCCAAGCCACUCCGAGCUAUGGGCAGUGAAUUGAAUCAGGUGCUCUAUCGCUUGCAUCUGCUCACAUCCGAAAUGAUACAUUUCAUCCACCAGAUGCAAUACUAUAUACUCUUCGAAGUAAUCGAAUGCUCUUGGGCUGAACUGCAGGAUCGUGUGCAAAAUGCUAAGGCAUUAGAUGACAUACUCGAUGCUCACGAUGAAUUUUUGAAUGCCAUUAAAUGUGGCGCUUUCCUUGACUCCAAUUCUGGACAAUUGUGUCAGAAUAUGGAAAAUGUGUACGAUGGUAUAAUACGCUUGGAGCUGUGGCAGGACAAAUUCUACGAAAUCUGCUUUAAAGAGUUAUCAGCACGCAAAGAGUAUGAAAAUUAUAUAGUUAUAUCUGAAGAGGAAGGCAAAUUCGGAGUAACUGCCGAGCGUCAAUUAGAGCGCGAUCAAGAACGUAAGAUUUUCGAACAAAUAAUCGGAAGCUAUCACAAGUCUUUGGACAACAUUUGCGCCGAUUAUGAAAAGGCGGUACGUUGCUUUUUGCUGGCACUGAACUCGCAUAACGACCAUAAUCUACAGCUAUUUGGCAUACGCUUGGACUUUAAUGAAUAUUAUAAAAAGCGCGAUCAACGUCUCUGCGUACCGUUGACUUUCGAGCACAUGCGAAUGAGUAUUAUGUUCAAUGGGAACAAGAGUAUGGCGGGUAGUCGAUACUCGGCAGUGAAUUGACAUACGCCCAAGUCACAGUGGCGCAAUGCAUCUCAUUUUAAAUAUUACUGUAUUAACAAAGAUAAUAUUUUGAGCAUCCCUACAUCCCAUGAUAAUGCUCCAUCGAAGGAUUUGAAGAAAUACGCUAAGAAACAAAUGAAUAACCAAUCUAAUGACGGAAUAAUGUUAAAAUAUCCGGUGAGGCACAAACAGAUAUUAGCAAAACGAGAUGAUGAAAGAGACGAUAUGUAUUGUAAUCACCAGAGUGCCAACGCAAUUUUGCCAUGUUAUUUAACUACACGUACUUCAGUAACAACUUCAAUACGUCCCCUAUUUUUAGCUGAGAAGAAUGGCUUUUAUGUGUCCUGUUGUGAAAUUUUGUAGAAGAAGCUUUCCACGGUAGCAUCAGUUGUUUGUGGAACAUAUUCAAAUAUUUCUACAAAGAAGUAUUGAAACGUUUAAGAAAAAUGCAAUAUUUUAUCUGUGCAUGUGUAAUGGAAGGAAUAUUAUAGAAAAAUGUCGAUUGUAUUAAAUUCUUAGUAUCUUUUUCGUUUAGUUGCCACAUUUAAAUGGAAAACGUUUUAAACUUAUGUUCGGUAUUAUAUAAAAGAAUGAAAUCCAACUGAAUGGAUAAUGGUAGAAAUUAUUUGAAUCACUUACUUUAUGGAAUCUCGAAGUUGUAAGACCUAAAUAUAAAAUAAAUUGGUAAUAGUUAUAA